AUGUCUGGCGGCCCACAGAGGAACGUGGCCGAGGCUCGAUUCAAUCCCAAUGUCGAGUACCGUGAAGUUGUGCCGGGUUCGACGCGGUCUCAACCGCUUCCGCAACAGCAACAGCAACAGCAACAGCAGCAACAACAACAACAGCAGCAGCAGCAAAACCCUCUGCAGUACGUCCCUUGGGCAAUGGAGGGGUCGCUUCCGCCGCCGCCAGCUCCAGAAGGGCAACAUCACCAACAGCCCCGCCCCCGCCCCCCUCCUGGCCAUCCGUUGGAGUUCAACCCUUGGCUCUACGAGGCUGCAGUUCAGGAACAACGGCGGCAGCGUCAACAGCAGCAACAACAAAUCCGUCCUCCUCCUGGUCAUCCGCUGCAGUAUAACCCUUGGCUGUACGACGACAUGGUGCGACAUUUGCGUCGUUUGCAAAAUGCCCCUCAAAUGAAUUAUGUGCUGUUGCCACCGCUGCCAGGAAUGCCUUCCUUGCCUGGCCCAUCUUCAAGUGCACGUGUUCCUCCUCAACCGCCACCAAGGAACCAGCCGGUAUGGAGGCCGAGGAGGCAAUCCCAUGGUAGAAGGGGCGGUUCUGCUGGUGGGCCAAGCCAGUAA